AUGUUUGUGGCCAAAAAUGUGAGACUCGGCCUGGCACAGUCAAAAUAUCCCGGAACCAGACAGCCCCCACUGACCGAGGCUCUGGUGUUAGGAACCAGACAGUCCCCACUGACCGAGGCUCUGGUGUUAGGAACCAGACAGCCCCCACUGACCGAGGCUCUGGUGUUAGGAACCAGACAACAGCACCCACUGACCGACGCUCUGGUGUUAGGAACCAGACAGCCCCCACUGACCGAGGCUCUGGUGUUAGGAACCAGACAGCCCCCACUGACCGAGGCUCUGGUGUUAGGAACCAGACAGCCCCCACUGACCGAGGCUCUGGUGUUAGGAACCAGACAGCCCCCACUGACCGAGGCUCUGGUGUUAGGAACCAGACAGCCCCCACUGACCGAGGCUCUGGUGUUAGGAACCAGACAGCCCCCACUGACCGAGGCUCUGGUGUUAGGAACCAGACGGCCCUCACUGACCGAGGCUCUGGUGUUAGGAACCAGAGAGCCCCCACUGACCGAGGCUCUAGUAAGCCUUUUACGCACGCGAGGAAACGAGAGGAGGAGCUGCGCACACACUCACCCCAAAAUCCCUGCACCAUUGUCCCGAGUGGGAGUGGGCCGGACCGCGCAGGGCAGCACUUUAAAAACCCCCUCACUGCGACUGGAGGAGCGCAGACCCGCGGAGGAGCUCAGACGCCACAGCACGACCUCACAUCGCGCCGCUUAUUCUUCCGUGACCGUGCUCGUGGCGGUGGCGUUGGUGUGGAUGGGCUCUGCGGCCGAGGGGACCUGGAAGAGCGGAUUGUACCGAGACCAGAGCGCGGUGGUUACACACGCCGGCUCCGUCUAUCACAAGCGGAACUGGUGUCCGCACACAGUGACCAAGACGGUGACGUGUCAGGUGCAGAAUGGGACGGUGGUUCAGAGGGUUUACCAGAGCUGCCGCUGGCCACAGGGCUGCAGCGGAGGCAGUUACCGCAGUGUGCUGCGUCCGUCGUAUAAGUUGGUGUAUCGCACAGUGACGUCUCUGGAGUGGAAGUGCUGCCCGGGCUUCAGCGGAGCUGCCUGCACUCAGGCUACAAUUGUGUCGUUUGCGGCCGCAGACCCCUCCCUCUGCGGGGGCGGAGCCAGAGACUGGGCGACGUGUGGGUGA